AUGUCGGACGCAAGCGACAGCGAUCCCUCUAAUGGCGACGACAGCGACGAGGACUACGAGCCUUCCUCUGACCACGAAGAGGAGGACGAGGACGAUCAGCGGAUGGGCGGUGGCAGCCGUUCCAACGGCGACGACAGCAAGGGCAAGGAUGAUUGCCCAAUCCCCGGCGAGGAAGAGGAAGACAAAGACUUGGAGAGUGGUGAGAUGGACAUGAGCAGCCACGAUGAAGACGAGGAUUACAACCCUCCCUCUGGCUAUGAAGAGGACGACGAGGACGAGCGGAUGGGCGGUGUCAGCUCGGAUGACGGCGACGAAGACAGCAACGACGAGGAUUAUUGCCCAAUCCCCGGCGAGGAAGAUCAAGAGGAGGAAGACGAAGACUUGGAGAGCGAUGAGGAUGAGAUGGACAUCAGCGACGAAGAAGACGAUGACGGCUCCAGCGAGGAGGAGGAAGAAGAUCGGGACAGCGAGGAGGAAUCUGGCGACGACUCCAGCUAG